AUGUCACGGCUUUAUUUCGCCCUAUUAAUUUUUACUCUUGUUUCACUCGUCUUCUCUAUCCCUUUAGCCACAGACAAUAGUGAUUUCUCAUUAAACAAUCUCUACGAAUCUCCAAUUACUCACGAAAGUUCUCUUUCGGUUAACGAUGCAAACACACCCAAAGACGAGGCCUUGGAUAGCACUACACAAGCCAACACUGAAGCUUUAGACAAUACUGCACCAACAACUAACAAAGUUUUGAACAGUACUGCUCCUUCAACCAACGACAAAAUUGCACCUGCAGCUAAUAAUGUUUUAAACAGUACCACUCGAUCCACCAACGAGGCUUUAAACCACUACGCUGCACCAACAACAAAUGAGAUUUCAAACAGUACCGCUCCAUCUUCCAACGAGGCUUUAGAAAACACCGCGCCAGCAACUAACGAAGUUUUGAACAGUACCGCUCCAUCUAGCAACGAGACCUUGAGCAACACUGUGCCAGCUAUCAACGAAGCUAUAUACAAUGGUGCACCAUCGACCAACAAAGCUCUAAACGCUACAUCAUCGGCUACCGAAGGGACUACCGUAGAAUUCGUUGAAUCGUCGGAAACUGCGGGCGACACCGAAACUGCAUAUGAUGAAAGCGGACUUGUAAACAACCCAUUCCUACGAUACAACAUCGAACAACUCGUUUCUACUUCCGACCUCUUUGGAAUCCGUGAUGAUAUCCACAAGAAGGUCAAAGUUCUUAUGUUACCCAAAGGAAAAGCAUUUCACAUAGUAUACAAGGUUUUCGUGUUUCCCAAGGACAAGAAGGAUAAUCCUAAAGUAUAUACUUUGAUCGUUAUUCCUGGAAAGAAAAAGGGCAGUCAAAGAGAGGUGAAGUUUAUUGUGAUUCCAAAAGACAAUCCUGGAGCCUGGAAGGAAUAUAAUGUGGUAGUUCCUUAUAAACAUUGA